UUGCUCUCUGAGGGUUUUUCCAGAGGUUGCUCCGUUAAUCCUGUAUGUAAAUUGCAGCCAAUAGAUGCUGUUGUUGAGUUGGGCUGGGAUUAGCAGGAGGCGAAUGAGUUUCAAUUUUACUGGAUUACAGAACAAAGAAAGGGGAAAGGGACACCCUGCUCUGUUAAGGGGAAAAAACAGACAUAAAACUAAGAAAAAAAAAUACACAAAUAGCAGACAACGGGACGUGAGCUCGAAGUCGUCGUUGUGAUGAUCCGGAUUACGAUGUUUUAGCAGAUGGCACAGCUACAUUGUGGAUGGGAAUUGUGAGCGUUUCUGAUGGAUUAAAACGGGGGAAUAAACCUAUUCCGGGAUUGACAGCAGCAACAAGGCUAUUUAAUCGCUAAUUAAGAGGCAUGGCUCAGAUCAGGAAGCUGGCAUGCGACGGCAUCAGGACGAACUCCCGCGGCGAGCCACAGGUCCCGCUGGUGUCAGCCAGACAGGAGAUCCUCACCAGCCUGGUGUCUGCCCUCGACUCAGUGUGCAUGGCGAUGUCUAAACUAAACGCCGAGGUGGCGUGCGUCACCGUGCACGAGGACAGCGUGAUCGCCGUCGGCACAGAAAAGGGGAGAGUGUUCCUCAACUCCAGGAGGGAAAUCCAAACAGACUUCUACAAGUUUUGCCGGGUGCCAUGCCUGCAAAAUCUGACUGCAGCAAAUUCCCAUACCAAAGACCAGGAGGGCGAUCUCAGCAAACUGAGUAAGGAUGCUGAACAUGGGAAACCGAGAGCUCCAUCAGAUGCCCAGUCCAACAUCUUUGUUCUGAGGAAGAUGGUGGAGGAGGUCUUCACUGUGCUCUACAGUGAGGCUGUGGGAAAGAGCAGCCUGGUCCCUGUGCCUUAUGAGUGGAUCCAGAAGGACCCCGGCUGCGUGGUGGCUCAUGGUUUGCCUGAGGGAGUCGCCCUGAAGAAGCCCUCUGAGUAUGACACCAAGACACUGAUGAAGAUCCUGGAGCAGAGCCAUCGCAUCCACUUCACCGUGAAAAGGCAACCGGAAGAUUUGUCUCGAGAAACCAAGUCUAGCACUGAUGUCAAUCACAACGCUUCCACUGCGGUCAUGACGCAAAGCAGCCACGGCCCAGCGAAGACAACCGCGCAAGCAGUCACGUCGUCAAGUCCCGCCACUUCCAGCAACUCUGUUCUGUCAAACUUCCUGUACGGCAUGCCCAUGUCCUCCAAACCCCACCCAGACGGCAAGCUGGAUUUCAAACCCAUGUCUCUCCUCAACCUGGGCAAGGACAGGCUGGCCAACUGGACACCUGGGUCAGAGAAGAGCACAUCUGUGAAAGACAGUGCUAACACUGAUGAGACCACAAGGCUACCUGGUGAGCAGGGUCAGAGCCCUACUGGCAUCCACAUCUCAAAGAGGCUACUCUUCUCCAUCGUGCAUGAAAAAUCAGAAAAAUGGGACGCGUUCAUUCGGGAAACAGAAGACAUCAACACGCUGAGAGAGUGCGUUCAGAUCUUGUUCAACAGCAGAUACGCUGAGGCAUUGGGUCUAGAUCACAUGGUGCCUGUCCCCUACCGCAAAAUAGCCUGCGAUCCAGGGGCCGUGGAGAUCAUCGGCAUCCCCGACCAGAUCCCCUUCAAGAGACCGUGCACAUACGGAGUCCCCAAGCUCAAACGCAUCCUGGAUGAGCGCCACGGAAUCCGCUUUAUAGUCAAACGAAUGUUUGAUGAGAGGAUCUUUACCGCUGCUGGCAAGAUUGCAAGGGAGGAGGGCAAGCACGACCUGGGCUCUACGCCCGAAGACAGCUUCCCUGACAAUCUGAGAAUCCCGCCCACCACAGCCGAGCUGGUCAGCAAUCCUCACAGCAGCAGAUCAACCAGUGCUUGUGUGAGUCCCUUGGCUGAGUGCGAAGCAGGUCCUUCAGGAGAUUGCAUUCCUUUGAGGAGGAUUAAAACAGAGCCUCCAGACGGGGAAAUCAUUCAAGUUACGGUGCCAGAUGCCGGCACGAGUGGGGAGGAGCCCAGCGAGUCUGUGGCCGAGCCCGUCGCCGCCGCACCGUGUCCAGCCACAGCCUCGCCCUCUGCUCCAUCUGCCUCGUCUGCCCCGCCCCCCGCUCCUUCGGCUCCCCACCACUCAAUGGAAAACCACGCAGCUGAAGCUCUGUCACCCACUGCUGCCCCGCAGAGCAUAAGAAGAUCUUCUGAAGCAGGGAGCCUGGUGGAGGACAUCGGUGAAAUGAUUCUUCAGCUGCGGAGACAAGUGGAGAGCAUCUUCAGCAUUAAGUAUGCUGAAGCCCUGGGCCUUCCUGAACCAACCAAGGUGCCGUACUCCAAAUUCCAGAUGUACCCUGAGGAUCUGUAUGUAACCGGGCUGCCAGAGGGAAUCUCUAUCCGAAGACCCAACUGUUUCGGAGCAGCCAAACUACGCAAGAUCCUGGCUGCCAGCAGUCAGAUCCAGUUUGUUAUCAAAAGACCCGAGCUCUUAGCUGAGCAGGUAAAACAAGAGAUGCCUUCCAUCCCGAUCUGUGAUUCAGAGCUGGAUGCCAAGGAUGCAGCACCAGUAACGGAGGACACUGCGGCUGUAUCCAAGAGACCUGGAUUCUCAGAGUGCUUGGAGUCCAAGCUGUCCAGAAUCGACCUGGCCAACACGCUGCGAGAGCAGGUCCAAGAUCUCUUCAACAGGAAGUAUGGGGAGGCAUUGGGCAUCAAGUACCCGGUCCAAGUGCCUUACAAAAGGAUCAAGAACAACCCGGACUCGGUCAUCAUCGAGGGCCUUCCCCCCGGCAUCCCCUUCAGGAAGCCCUGCACCUUCGGCUCCCAGAACCUGGAGAGGAUCCUGGCUGUCGCUGACAAAAUCAGCUUCACCAUCACCAGACCAUUUCAAGGACUUAUUCCAAAACCAGCACCUCGACGAGUCACUUUACUAAAGAAGGCCUACGCUUCAAUAAAUGAUGAUGACGACAUUAACCGCAUGGGGGAGAAAGUAGUCCUUCGAGAGCAAGUCAAGGAACUCUUCAACAAGAAAUACGGUGAGGCUCUGGGCUUAGAUCGCUCCGUCGUGGUCCCGUACAAGCUAAUCCGCGGCAGUCCAGAGUCUAUAGAAGUUAGUGGCCUUCCAGACGAAAUCCCUUUCCGAAACCCAAACACCUACGACAUCGUGUGCCUGGAGAAAAUCCUUCAAGCCGCAGAUAAAAUAACAUUCAACAUCAAGAGCCAGCUACAACCUUUUGCAGAAAUCUGUAGCCAAGCUUGUAACACAGUAGGAACAGACGCCUCCACUAAUCGACGGAAACGCAAGAGAGUCCAGGAGAGCAACCAAGUGCCUGCCUCCUCCGACCUGGGAAUAUCAAGCAAUCAGAUUCCAGUGAUGGUCCUUAAAGACUCUUAAAAACCUUAAAUACACUUUGAUUUCAGAGCUACAGCAUGCUGGCCUGCUGUUAGGGCAAAAAUGCACUUUAAUAAGGAAGCCCCCCUUUACCUCGACUUAACUGUAGCUUCGAUCAGUCAGAGAAACUCAAGCAUUUAAGACGCCUAACAGAAUGCGUAUCAGCUUAAGUGCAGUGUAUGUGGAGCAUUUAGCUGCUGUCAGACUGCAGCCAUCACCAGUCCCGACAGGUGGCACAGCCUCUCUUCCUGUGACAGGUAGGUUUAUAGUAGCGGUUUUAGCAAAGUGGAAGGUAAGCAGCGCAGCUAUUCAGGACUGACUGAGAAAAUGAGCGGUUAUAUAUCAGCCGUGUCACUGACUCUGACGACACGAUGUGUUAACGCGCACAAGGAGGAAAGGAACACAGCUAGCACUGCUAACGUUAGCCACGCUGUAUCCAGGGAUGUCAGGAUGUAAAGUUUCAAACUCAAUACUGAUAACGAGGGAAACGGGGAAAACUUCGAUGAUCCAUCAUAACAGAACAAGAUCCUGGCAGCAGGAAAUAGGACAGGAGUUCCUUGUUGAACUUCCACGUAGGCUUCAUGUAUAACUGCGAGAGCUACAGCUCUGCUUGUUUUCUGUGCUUCUGGUGACUUGGUAGCAUAUUUACCAUAUUUAUCCCUUUAAUGUCUGGUAGAUGUUUUAGAAACAACACAUUAUUAGACACAAAUAGUUAAACUGAUGCUCCCUGUUAAUGUCCCAGCUCACACGUUAACUAGCCAGAACCACAAUGGUACAAUGAUAACUGAACAAACGGAGAAUGUAGCAGCCAGGUAACAGUUAAAUGAUGUGGUGACUGUUUAAUGGUUCAGCGUCGUUGUACCAGGAACUUUUACUGACCUCUCAAAUCCCUCAAAGACCAGGAUGUCGGCGUUUACGAUGCUUUGCAAAGGUUGUUUCAGCUUCGUUGCCACCACUUGGUUGUCUUGUUUGCAUGCAGGCUUAUUGCAUCCUCGGCCUUUCCCUGGCAUUUUGCUUCAUAUGCAAAGUCUAUCAUGCUACGCCAGCUCACUGACUGUUGGUGUGUUCAGCUGCUAGUGAGGGGUGGAGCUGUGAACUGGAGAAGGCAAAGAUGGCACUGUUGGUGUUUUUUGAUUGAUUGAUUGAUUGAUUUUUUGUGGGGGGGGUGUAACCUUUUUGUACCCAUUAAUUUCAUUUUUGUUACAUCCCACAUUUCUCUAUAAUUUAUUCCUCGUAGUUUGUUUAUUUUAAACAAAUAAAAUCAUUUAAGGGGAUGAUGAUGUAGAGGUCUCAAAACUCGUGGGUCAAAUAUGAUACACUUCGCCUUAUUGGGUUAAAGCACAUCUAAUAUCAGAUCAGUAAAAAGCUGAUGGUCCUCUCCCCAUAAGUUCAUGUUUUCUCAAUCUUCUUAAUGCGAUAACUUCAAAACAAGAUGACGUAGGAUUGUGAAAUUGAUACCACAGGUGCGUCUACUAGGAGGCUGAGGAGUAAAUUAGUGACUAGGCACGUCCUUCAUCUGUGGUGAUACCUCCAUACAAAUGGGCAGGCUAAGCAAACCAGAGAGCUGGCAUAAAUUGGAUAAUUUAGAAAAAAGCCAAAAGAUAUUGGCGUGAAAAGGCAGGAAACCCCGGUCGCUGAUGGAGUCGGAGUCGAUAAAACACCUUAAACUGCAGUAGAUGACUGUGUGUUCAACUGUAAGUACUGAAAUGUAAUAUUAAAACAGGUUUAGAGGCAAGGUCAGCAACAUUUUGCAGUAAUGAAAUCAUUUUCUCCACCAUUAUGCUUCUUCCCUGCAGCAGUGGCCCAUGUACAUGGUGGACUACAGUGGAGUGAACGUGCAGGUUCCCGGGAAAGUCAAUUACUGAAGGAGGAACCAGGGCGGCAGCAAAGGGAUUCAAGGAGGAGUUUGUCAACACUCGCCACUCUUCCACAGUGCAACACUAACACUUUACCAGUGCUACAACUUAACGAUCUCUCCAGACUGAAUACAGAGAGCUGCAGGUUUGACUCUGAGAAUGAUGCUCGAGUGUUGAGGAACAACAGAAUGUAUGUGGGUCGAAACGUUGCAGGGCAGAUGUCGGCUCGACGGGACUGCUAUCAGCUGGUCGCGACAGUAAUCUUGUUGUUUUUUUUACAAACUGCAAAUAUUACCGACGUCGUGUUAUUUGCCCUUGCAUUUUAUAAAAUGAGUCAUGCUGUUGUUUUCCAGCAUUUGGUUGCAAUGUAUUACUGACAGAAAAUGUCUUUCAUAAUGAUAUGGUUCCAUAUUAUUCAGAUAUUUGUACUUUUUAUUUAUUAUAUUUAUUAUUAAAAUAUAACAUUAUGUGCAGGGAUGUAAAAUAUAUUAUUCUGUUACACAGCUCUUCGAGGAACUAUCAGAACACUAACAGAUGCUACUAGCACUCAGUAACUACAGGUAACCGCUGAAAACAUGAUUAAAAUGAAGUGUCUUAAUUGGGUGUUGGGGUGACGGCAAGAUUUUAGAAAUUAAAGGAGACAAAACGGACUCAGUCUGCCCCACGGAGCAGGGAAAACCUCUGCUCGCAUUGAAAACGAGACACUCGGUAAACAGCCUUUUUUAUGUUAGCACUACAUUAACGAUUUGUAAAAUAUUGUCAUUUUAAGUCAGCCUGAAUGUAUCAUGUAAAGAAAAGAAUGGUAUGUUAUUCUGCGGUGACUGUCUCUGGACUAACAAUAUUUAAUAUGCUGUACCUUAACGCCAAUUAGGCCUUUGAAAUAAAAUGUGUUGCCUUGCACUUUCA